AUGAAGCCUUCUUUUGCAGUCUCUCUUCUGAUUCUGUCACUUCUCCUUGCACAAACUCAAGGGAUUCGUCUGGGGAAAGUGUCUGUACCAGCUCAGCAACAGAAACAACAAGAUGGAGAAAGUACUUUGCUGAAAAGAAGUAAUACUGAUGCUGAGGAAACUGUUCUCUGCAAAGACAAAGAAUGCACAGGAAAGAUAAAGAAUAGGAAACUGGUUACCACUUCAGUUUCUACAACCCAGUCCCUCUCAAAGAAUGUGGAAGAAUCCAAGACUGAACACUUGGUGAAUGCCAAUACUAAAAAUGUGAAUACAUUGAGCUCUUGGAAGCACAAAGAUAUUCCUGAGGAACACUACCAUGACCUUGUAGAGAUGACUGAUAUGGACUAUUCUUCAGCAAAGAGAAAGCCUCCCAUACACAACUGA